UCUUUCUGCGCCGUAGAGAGAAACGUGGAAAGCCAGUGAGGCAGAGACUCCACGUGAAGCUGGUGAGAUGGCGUCUGUUCAGGAGCCAGAGGUCCAGCUGGCUCAGAGAUUAGCCUCCAACGAGAAGUCCGUCCGGACCAGAGCAAUAAAGAAACUACGGAAGUACAUCGGUGUGCGUUCAGAGGCAGAAGCAGGUGGAUUCACUGGCGAUGAACUGCUGAAGUUGUGGAAAGGUCUUUUCUACUGCUUGUGGAUGCAGGACAAACCACAGCUCCAGGAGGCUUUGUCAAACCAGAUCUCCACACUGAUCCACAGCUUCCAUGGAGUCGAUGGACAGCUGCUGUACCUGGAGAGCUUCCUGCAGACCUUCAAGAGAGAGUGGACCGGCAUCGACCGGCUGCGGAUGGACAAAUUCUUCCAGCUGAUUCGCUUCAUGUUCAGACAGACGUUCGUGAUGCUGGAGAGGAAAGACUGGGACAGCGGUGCUGUCAGCAAGUUUCUGGAGCUGCUGAGUCUCCAUCUCCUGCAGAGCGGCGCCGAGGCGCCCAUCGGAUUGCAGCUCCACGUCCUCGACGUCUACAUGACCGAACUGGCAGCUGUGGGUUCCGCACAGCUCACAGCGGAUCAGAACCUCGUGUUCAUCGAACCGUUCUGCAGAACAGCAGCCAAGACGAAGAAUCAGACUCUUUUCAGAUCCAUCUGCACCAGCAUCUUCAGCACCAUCAUAGACCAGGCUCCCUUUGCCAUCAAAGAUUUGAUGGAAGAGUUGGAAGCAGCUGAAGACAUGGACUCAGAUUCAGGUCGGGCGUCUGAGGAGGACGACAAACUGGACGGAGAGAAAACAAGCAGCAGAGCAUCCAACAAGAAAGCAGGGAAAAAGCAGAUUAAUGGCAAAACAUCACACAAAGAAGAAGACGAUGAUGAAGAUGACGAGCUUCUUGGCUUGGAGGACUCGGAUACAGAGCCGCUCGAUGAUGAUGAUGAUGUGGGACCAGUCCUACAGUUUAAUUAUGCUGCUCUGGCAGAUAAGCUGUUUGAGUUUGCGAGCCGGACUCGUACACCAGGUCAGAACCGAAAGAGACUCUACAAAAUCAUCAAAGUGCUGCGGGACCUCAGUGAAGGAAUUUUUCCUCAGGAUGAUUAUCCGGAGGAGGUCUCCACUGACGAGGAGGACGACAUGUUUGGCAGCAGAAAGAGGAUGAAGAGAAGACAACAAACAGAGGAUGAAGAGGCUCCAACAGGAAAGAAGCGCAAAGCUAACUCAGGAAAGAAGGAGGAUCUCAACAUUCAGAACCAGACCACCAAAGUCUCUGAUGUACCAGCUAAUAAAAACAAGGAGAAGAAGAAAGCUAAGGAAAACCAGGAGAACCUGGACCAGGGACAGACUGAAUCUGCACAAGAUGUAGGAGCAGGGGUCCUUUAUCAGAUCUCCACAUCUGUGAACGAGAUGGAAGCAGCCAAUCCAACUCAGCCUCCAGUCAGAACCACAGAGGACAAGUCCAAGAAGAAGAGGAGGAGGAAGAAGAAGAAGAAGAAGGGGAAUAUCAGUGAGUCUGAGAUCACCCAGCAGAAGCAGCAGGACAUCAGAUGUGAAGGGGAUGCUCCAGUGAUUGAGGAGGUGAGAGGUGAGGCUGAAGUCUCAGCAGGAAGCUGUGAAGCAUCGACAGAAGUCUGUCCUGGAGCUCCUAUGAGCAGCAAGGAGAAGGUCUGCAGAGCUAAAACAGCCCAUGAUGAGGGCUGUUCAGGAGACCAUUAUCCAGCUCCAGGGCUGGAGAAGGCGUCUCAUGAUACAGUCUCUGUAAAAGAUACGUCCAAGAAGAAGAAGAAGAAAAAGGCUGGUGAGGUGCAGACAGCUGACUCGGACCCAGCUCAGAGAGAGGUGGUGUGCAGCGAUGCUGAAAGGACAUCUGGAACUUUACAAACUACUGGAGCGAAAAGCGAGAAGACAAAUCAGAAAGACUCCUCCACUCCUGAUCAGAGCAGACUGAUGAAAAGGAAGAGGAAAAAGAAUCUGAAAGAUGAGGCAGGAGCAGUGGAAACUGAGAUCACCAAGGCAACACCAACGAAGAAGAAGACACUCACAGCAGCUCAGGUGGAGGAGACCGGAGAUGAAACUCCAGAACUUCCACCACUCCGGAGUGAGACGGCUGGGUCAUCUGGGAAAGCAGCCAAGAAGAAGAAAAAGAUCCCCGUAGAGUUCGAGUUUGAGGCCGAUGAGCUGGUGGCCAUGAUACCGACCAAUGGCAGCACAGAGGAAACUAAACCAGCUGAUGAAGUGAGCGAGCGGUCCGUUCCUCUGGGCUUCACCACGCUGCAGAAGAAGAAGAAGACAUCUGGAGGAUCUGGGUGUGACUUCAUCAGUUUUCAGAACAAAGCUGUGGUCCCGACGCCGCUCUUCUGCAGAACCAAAGGAGGCCCAGGUCCCUCGGUCCACAGCAAGGAGAGGGAUGGAACUGCCCGGUCGGAGCUGAAGAAGGUGACCUUCGGUCUGAAGAAUAAUCAGACGGCUGAGUUUAGGAGAACUGAUCGCAGCAUGCUGCUGAGUCCAGAUGGGUCCUCACGUGUACCGUUUGACCCACAGCAGAAACCAAAGUUUGGGGUCCUGAAGUCUACCGUCUUGAGAAAGAACCCAGUCCACACCAAGAAGACCAGCUCCGGUCGUCAGAACAGUUCGUGGAAACGCCGGCCGCUGGCAGCAGACUUCUUCUGACGCCAACCGACUGGUUUCAUCCAGUUCUGAUGUCACAUCUGCAUUUGUUUCUGACUCAGUGUUUUAAUAAAGUUAUUCAUUCCAGUU